AUGAAUAAAUUCAAAGAAAAAGACGAACGAAAACCUAAUCCAUUACUUGAAGCCAGUUUCUUAUCGAAAUGGUUUUUUUGGUGGACGCGUGAAACAUUCAAGCGGGGCUAUAGGGAGCAACUGCAACCGGAGGAUUUAUAUGCACACAUCCCCACAUUGGACAGUAGAAGUGUCUCGUUUGCACUUAUCAAGCACUGGGAGAAGGAGGUGCGGCGAAAGAAACCAAAUCUCUUGCACAUGAUAUUCAGGGCGUACGGAUGGAAGUUUGUGCCAAUAUGCAUAUUAUAUUCAAUACUGGAAAUAUCGAUACAUUCGUCACAACCAUUAUUUUUGGGAGGACUAGUAUCGUAUUUUGCCGAAGGCCAAACUGACAUAAGCAAACAGCAGGCCUAUCUCUAUGCCACGGGUAUAGUCGUGUGCUCACUCGUGGCUACUCUCUGCUUCCAUCCCUUUAUGUUUUAUCUAUUCGAAGUGGGAACGAGAAUACGAUUAGCAUGCUCUGGUCUGGUGUACCGAAAAUGUCUACGUUCUUCAGUGACGGCUGACAACAGAGGCAUGAGCGGAUUUGCUAUUGCAGUACUUUCGUCAGACUUGCCACAGUUCGACAUGACCUUCUACUUCUUUCACGAUUUGUGGAAGGGCCCUAUUGAGGCAUGCAUCAUGGGCUACUUGAUGUACUUACAAGUUGGAUGGCCCGCAAUUGCUGGUUUGGUUUUCAUAAUCAUUUUUAUUCCGCUGCAGGCCUGGGCCGCCAAGGCAUCUGCUCAUUUUAGAUACGAAUCCGCGGAGCAUGGCGACGAUCGUGUUAACUUAAUGAACGAGAUCAUCACAGCGAUGCAGGUUAUUAAAAUGUACGCCUGGGAGAAGUCAUUUGCGAAGCUGAUUGCCAUCAUACGAAAGAAGGAAGUGAAGGCCAUCCGAGGUUCGAUGAAUAUCUACGCCGCUCUACAGUGCACCGACAUGAUAUCGAAGUGCGCACUGUUCAUCAGCCUGGUGGCAUAUGUUUAUACGGGUGACAUAGUGACGGCCAAAAAGGUGUUCAUAGUUUCGUCGUAUUACGAUGUCUUAAAUGAUUCGUUGCUGCACUUCUGGCCCUUGGCCGUAACUACUUGGGCCGAGACGGUGGUGUGUGCUCGUCGCGUUGUCAUGUUCCUAAUGCAAAGCGAGGAUCCUGCUGACGGUGGCAUUGAAAACUUCGCCAUGGAAGACGAUGAUGACAAGGGUAAUUUCAGUGGGCGUGUCCAUAACCCUAGAGCUAUAAAGAAAGGCGUUAUUCUUCACAAUUUAACAGCGAGUUGGGACAAGGUGGACUCCGAAAGCCGCCGAAAACACAUCGACAAUGUCAGUGCAGUUAUCAGUGAAAACCAAUUUGUAGGUAUUGUAGGUAAUGUUGGAUCGGGCAAAACAACCCUACUGAAUGCCGUUCUCGGCGAAUUGGAAAUAGUCAACGGCAACGUCGAAGUCAACGGCCAGCUCAGCUACGCACCUCAGGAAGCAUGGAUCUUCGAAGGUAGCAUUCGUGAUAAUAUUGUGUUUGUGGAAAAGUUUGACGAGUCGCGCUACAAGGCAGUGCUUCAUGCAUGCGAAUUGGAGAGAGAUAUUUCGCUGUUCCCCUAUGGCGAUUCCACAAUUGUGGGUGAGAGAGGCAUUAGCCUGAGCGGCGGUCAAAAGGCUCGUAUAAGUUUAGCUCGGGCCGUGUACAGAAAAGCGGACAUAUAUGUCUUCGACGACCCUCUAUCAGCCGUGGAUUCACACGUGGGCCAACUCCUACUUAGAAAAUGCUUCAAUCAGUUCUUAGCCAAUAAAAUACGCAUACUGGUCACGCAUCACAUUCAUCACCUCAAGAACAGUGAUCAUUUGAUUCUAAUGGGGGAUGGUCGAGUCAUCGAACAAGGUCCGUAUGAAACACUGAAGCACAGUAUCGUGUUCCGCGCCCUCUUGGAACAGGAGGAGGAGGAAAAUAAUUAUGUGAUGAAACAUAGGGCCAGUAUUAUAGACACCGAAAUGAAAGACUCGAAGGAGACUAUCGGGCGAACUACCGCACAUGACAAAGGCGAGGACCGCAAAGAGAAUCAAAUGCAGGGCUCCGUCAGACUGCACACAUAUCUGUCGUAUUUCCAGGCACUUGGCAUGCCUUGGGUUAUUAUAUUCGUAUUUAUGUUGUUUAUAAUGGCCAGGGCUUGCCAAGCCCUCAUGGACAUAUUCAUUUCGCGGUGGGCCACAUGGGAAGAAACGCUGCCCUCGGAGCAUGACGCCUAUCAAGAGUACACGGCCAAACGUAAACGCAUGGUUCUCAUCUACUCCAUACUGAUCAUAUGUACAUUAAUCCUAUACAUACUGCGCACAUUUGGCUUCUUCAUGAUAUGCUUGAAGAUCUCUUUGCGUCUGCACGACAGUCUCUUCAAUGGUAUAAUCCGUUCAUACAUGUAUUUCUUCAAUACAAAUCCCUCGGGGCGUAUACUGAACCGAUUUUCCAGUGACAUAUCCAACAUCGACGUUGCCCUACCACAGGCAAUGCUGGACUCUAUUUCGUUUAUCGUCAAUGCAGUCGCCGUAUUGGUCGUGGUUGCAACGGCUAACUACUGGCUCCUCAUUCCGGCAUUUAUAAUGAUUCUUUUGUUGUACGCUUGCCGUGGGCUAUACAUAGGAGCUAGUCGCAGUUUAAAACGAAUCGAAGUAAUGACACGUAGUCCCGUCUACUCCCAUACGAAUCAAACAUUCCAGGGUCUAACCACCAUUCGAGCCCUACAUGCCACCCGGCAUCUGGAGGCAGAAUUCCACGAUCACCAGAAUAACAAUACGUCUGCUCUAUAUCUGUAUGUGACAACAAAUCGGGCAUUCGCCUUCUGGACAGAUCUGAUUUGUGUCCUCUAUAUACUGGCUGUAACAUUCAGUUUUCUGCUCAUAAACCAAGAAUUCUACAGCGGUGAUGUUGGUUUGGCCAUUACGCAGUCCAUGUCAUUGGUUAUAAUGUGCCAGUGGGGGAUGCGUCAGACGGCAGAAAUGGAGAAUAAUAUGACGAGUGUUGAACGUGUUGUGGAAUAUAUCGAACUUCCCACUGAGCCCAGUUUGGAAACAGAUCCGUCUGUUAGACUGCCAGAAAGCUGGCCAGCCCUGGGACGCAUACACUUCAAAGAUCUCAAACUGAAAUAUUCCGAAAAGGGCGACUAUGUUUUGAAGGGUUUAAAUUUCUCGAUUAAACCCACCGAAAAGAUCGGUAUUGUCGGACGAACGGGUGCCGGCAAGUCGUCGAUAAUACAGGCGAUUUUCCGCCUGGCUAGAAAUGACGGUCUUCUCGACAUUGAUGGCUUCGAUGUCGAAAAGCUGGGUCUACAUGACCUACGUAGCCGCAUUUCGAUAAUACCACAAGAUCCAGUUUUAUUUUCGGGAGCACUGCGAUUCAACCUCGAUCCGUUCGAUGAAAGGACUGACGAAGAAAUUUGGCGUGCCCUGGACGAUGUCAAAUUGAAAAGUUAUGUGAAAUCACUCGAGGGAGGAUUAUCGACUCGUGUGUUUGACGGCGGUUCCAACUUUAGUAUGGGACAAAGACAGUUGAUCUGUAUGGCGAGAGCAAUUCUGAGACACAACAAAAUAUUGAUAAUGGACGAAGCUACGGCCAAUGUUGAUCCAGAAACGGACAAAUUCAUCCAGGAGGCUAUUCACACCAAGUUCGACAAAUGUACCGUCCUAACAAUCGCUCAUCGUUUGCACACAGUUAUGGACAAUGAUCGAGUCUUAGUUAUGGAUGCGGGCAGUGCAGUAGAACUUGGCCAUCCGUAUCAGUUACUCCAAAAUCCCGACGGACAUCUGUUCAAAUUCGUAGAGAAAACAGGUCCCGGAACGGCCAAAUAUUUACAUUACAUUGCUGAGCAAAGCUACAAAAAACGGGUCACAAAUAAAAAAUCCGAAUAG